UUAGUUAAUCUUGAGUUUCAAAUGCAAUCAAAUACAUAUGUAUUUCAAAUGAAAUAUAUAAGUCAGGCUACGAGUGGCUUACUACUUUUUUAAGCAACCAAUUAUUUGCAUAUGUUUUUUUGGUCGUGUUUCUUGUGGUCCAAUUCUUUGUUUCUUUGCCAAAACUAUUGGUCCAUUUAUUCAUAAAUUUGACGAGAAUCGUCCCAUUGUCCUUAAAGGAGGGUCAUGUUGCCCUCCACGGGUUUAUUUAAAGAUUUUGCUUGUCCGUAUUACGAUGCGGGUGGGGGAACUGCCGGUGUGUCGUCGUCGGGAACAGCUACAUGCCACCGUCCUUACUGUCAUUUCAAGCAUGUGAGAAAAGAGGAUACGGAAAAGCCAACUGCUACUAAUGCAUCAAAUGCUCAAUCGGCAGCUCCAGAGUACAAAGCAACACCCAAACUAUUGACCUUGUCAGAGCUUCCAUUACCCAAGGUCGUUGUUGCGAAGAAAAAAACCAAUUUAGAAUAUCAACCUGAAAAACCUGCGAUUAAUGCUUCACCAUCGAAAAAACGUGCUUCGCGAGAUGUGCCCAUUUAUGUGGCGGCACCCACUGUCAAGACUACUGUACCGGCAACUGUUAAUGAGGACAGUCAGGAGAGCGUUCCUUUGGAUUUGGAUGAUUGCACGGAUGAAUUAGAUGAAUUGACUGGUAUAAUUGAGGAUGAAGUGUUAGAAGUCCAAGAACAUACAAAGGAAAGCAGGGAAGAACAGACCGAAGAAAAUAAAUCUUUGGAUUCUCAUGAAAAUUCUGACAGCACUAGGGAUAAUACGGUACGGAAAGACUCCGAUGCAGUAAAAUCAGAGAAAUCCAAGUCUAGAGAUUCAUCUUCAUCAUCUUCACAAUCUCACAGUCGUCAUAAGACACAUAAAAGCGGUUCCUCAGCGUCCUCAAAGAACAAGGAUGGUGAUAAACGUAAAGAACACGAUCGUUGUAAGGAAAAAGAGAAGGAGGAGAGAAGAGAACACACAUCUUCUUCGUCAUCACGUGACAAAAAAGAAUCGUCGUCAUCAUCUUCAAGCCACAAAUCAUCAUCACGCGACAAAAAUAGCAAAGAAUCACAACAUAAGUCGUCAUCAUCGUCUGACAAAAAACACCAUUCCUCUUCCAGUUCUAGUUCGUCUAAACAUAAAUCGUCGUCGUCAUCUUCCAAACCCACAUCAACUUCGUCAGAUAAGCGUUCAUCUUCAUCGACAUCUAAGAGCAAAAAAACAUCUGAUCUUCACAAGGUAGAUAUUGAUACAGCAAAUUUAUUCGCUACCACAGAGGAGGACAUAAUGAAGGAAUGCGAGAUGAUUUAUGAUCAACUAGAACAAGAGUUUGCCUCACUUCAUCAGGAAAAUGGUACAACGGCAGCUGAUAAAUCUAAGGAGCACCAGAGAGAUGCAGACAAAAAGAGAAAAGCUCUUGAGGAAGAAGAACAGUCAGAAGCGCCACAAAAGAAACGCGUUGCCUAUGAAAACGCUGAAAAACAUAAGAGUCAAGCACCAGUCGUUGCAGCAAAACCAGAUCAUCGCAGAAAUGCCAUGCAGGCAAUAUUUGAUCGCCAAGAAGCUACUCGCCGCAAACAGGAGGAAGAGGCAGCUGCAGCAGCCGCCGCUUUGAGAGAGGCUGAGGAACGAGUUCGUGAAGCAAAUGAAGCUUUGCGCAGGGCACAGGAAAAAUCUCUAACCCCCCUUAUACCAAAAAGUUAUUUGACACCACCCACCAAGCCCAUAGGUCGAACUAUAGCGCCUGUGGCAAACAUGUUAGCUUUGGAAAGAGCCAAAAAGAAGGUCGAAGAAUUAAGGGCAGAGAAACGGCCAGGAUUUACGCCUUCACAAACAAGUAAAGGUGGCCAACGAAUGGCACAUAAAAUAACCGCUAAAGCUGCAAGCACAGAGCCCGAAAAAGCACCAAAACCACCCGUCUUGGAAGCCAAUGCUACAAAAAUAUCCUAUAACAUACGCAUGCAGUAUUAUGAUAUGAUGGUCAAACAUUGUGUAGCCAUUUAUCCUAAUAUAGCAGAUGCCUGGGAAAGGGCACAAACAGAGGAAUUGGCAGUUUUCAAGAAAUGUAAUACUCCAAUGAUUUAUAAAAGUAGCGCUAUGUUAGCGAUCAAUAAAUUAAGAAAGGAGGCUGCAGAUUCUGGCAACAAACCUUCACAAUCUAAUAAAAUUAUAUCCCACGAGGUGGUAUUGGCUGGGAAAUUAGCAACAAACACAUCAUGGAGUGUGAAAAAGAAAAUGAAAACUGAUACAUCUCUAGGGGGAAGUGGUGAGCCCUUCGAUAAACUGCCAAGCGAUAAAGCCUAUGACAUGAUCUAUGAAUUGCGUUUGACCGAUGAACAGUUGGUGAACAAUGGAUUUCCUCGUGCAGGCACUAAACCUGGAACUGCUACAAUACAAUGCAUGAAACCAAUGCGUCGACCAAAUGACACCGAACGUUAUUGCAGUCGCUGUGGCAAGGUAUUCAAUCUAUCAAUAUACGAGCAAGAGUGCGUGGACGAGUGUGUUUACCACCCCAAGGGCACUGGCUACAGACGAGGUUUCAGCGAUAAUUUCCAUCGUUGCUGUCAACAGCCCAGUGGGACUCCCGGCUGCAGUUAUGCCAAUUACCAUGUUACCGACUUUGUCGAUGCUGACAAUCUCACCGGCUUCAUUAGCACCAUGGACAAGGAUGAUCCGGACUAUGUACCAACAAAGAAAGAUAUUUAUGCCUUAGAUUGUGAAAUGUGUUAUACCACCCAUGGUAUUGAAUUGACACGAGUCACUGUGGUCGAUAUAAAUUGUCGAACUGUUUAUGAUGCUCUGGUUAAACCUGAUAAUAAAAUCGUUGACUACAAUACGGUGUACUCGGGUAUAAACGAGCAAAUGUUGGCUAACGAAACCAGAACACUGCGUGAUGUUCAAGCAAUUCUUAUGUCCAUGUUCAAUUCUCAAACUAUUUUAAUAGGCCAUAGUUUGGAAAGUGAUUUAAAGGCACUAAAGCUAAUACACAAUGUUGUUGUUGACACUUCGGUGUUGUUUCCCCACAAAAUGGGACCACCUAAAAAGAGGGCACUUAAAACGUUAUGCAUAGAGAAUUUGAAGCGCAUUAUACAAGAAAGUGAAUCUGGUCACGACAGUGCUGAGGACGCUGAAGUUUGCAUACAAUUGGUGAAGUUUUAUCUAAGAAAUAAAAUAAGUUGAGUUCUUCUUUAUCUUCUAUUCUCUGCUGCACGCCUUUCCAAUGUAUAUACAAUCUUUGUUAAGUACAUAGUUUAUAUAUGUAUUUAUAUGUAUGGCAAUUGUUAGCCGGCGAACAAAAUCAGAUCAAAAUAUUAAUGUAAGCAAUAAGCAACAAUUGCAAGCACACAUCACUUAAGUAACACAUUUCAAAAUUCAUAGGUUGGUUGUGUCUCAAAAUUUUCUAUUGGCUCUUUGGUUUAUUUAUUAUUCACCCACUUAUUGUAAACAUUCUUUUUACCAUAGUUCUUUUUUUUGUGACUAAGAAUAGCUUUUUGCAGAUGUACUCUUGCGCUAAACAUUUAAUAAAUGUUGAUAAGUGAUAGACCUUUGACACAUCA